UCCCCGGCUCCGCCACAGACACACACCCACCAAGCACCCACCGCCCUGCGCCCCCGCCGGCCGCCGCGCCGCGGGCAGCCCGAGCGAGCGACAACUCCCCCGGCUGGAGCCGCUCGCCUUCCCGGCUCCUUCCGCGCGGCGAGCUGAGCCCGGCUCGAUUUUUUUUCCUUUUCUAUCCCAGCCCUCUCUGGUCUGGGCGCCGCCGGCGGCGGCAGGGGAAUGGGGACCCGCGAUGGGGAAGGGGGUGAAGAUCUCUGAAGAUUAUUGUUCUUUUUAAGGAUGCCUUAGCUUCCUUCCUCCCGCCGCCUCUCCGUUGAGCCUUCCUACUAGAGAUCGUGAACCAGAGUCAGGCAUGUAAAGAGAGGGUGGAAAAAAAAAAAAAAAAAGGCAAGAGCUCCAGCCAGCCGGGGAGACCCUCCUCUCCGUGGAGGGGAGGGGGAUUUCCAGCGACAGAUCAUUGGCGAAGGGGACCGUCGCGGGGAGAGGAGCCCCGGAGGGAGCGGGGAAUCCCACAGCUCUUUGUGGAGCCCGAGCCGCCUGCCGAGCGGGGUCGGUGGGAGCUAGGUGGAUCCAUGGAAAUGCCUGCCGCAGAGGGAUCUAGCUUAAGUUGACCUUCCAGCAGCGCAUCCUUUUGAGGACCCUUUGUGCAGUCCAAAAUGGCAGAGAAGGUUCCGCCUGGCUUAAACAGGAAGACGUCAAGGUCUACACUUUCUCUUCCACCGGAACCAGUGGACAUCAUUAGGAGCAAAACGUGCUCCCGGAGGGUGAAGAUCAACGUGGGGGGCCUCAACCACGAGGUCCUGUGGAGAACGUUGGACCGGUUGCCCAGGACCCGCCUGGGGAAGCUCCGGGACUGCAACACGCACGAGAGCCUCCUGGAGGUGUGCGAUGACUACAACCUGAACGAGAACGAGUAUUUCUUCGAUCGGCACCCAGGAGCCUUCACUUCCAUUUUAAAUUUCUACCGGACAGGGAAACUCCACAUGAUGGAAGAAAUGUGCGCUCUCUCUUUCGGCCAAGAGCUUGAUUACUGGGGGAUCGAUGAGAUCUACUUAGAGUCGUGCUGCCAAGCCAGGUAUCAUCAAAAGAAGGAGCAGAUGAACGAAGAACUGCGGCGGGAGGCGGAGACCAUGCGGGAACGCGAGGGUGAAGAGUUUGAUAACACCUGCUGCCCUGAGAAGAGGAAGAAACUCUGGGACCUGCUGGAGAAGCCCAACUCGUCCGUGGCUGCCAAGAUCUUGGCUAUCGUGUCCAUCUUGUUCAUCGUCCUCUCCACCAUCGCACUGUCUCUUAACACGCUGCCAGAGCUGCAGGAGAUGGAUGAAUUCGGACAGCCCAAUGACAACCCCCAGUUGGCCCACGUGGAGGCCGUGUGUAUCGCCUGGUUUACCAUGGAGUACCUUUUACGUUUCCUGUCCUCACCCAACAAAUGGAAGUUCUUCAAAGGCCCACUGAACGUUAUCGACUUGCUGGCCAUCUUGCCGUAUUACGUCACCAUCUUCCUCACGGAGUCCAACAAGAGUGUGCUGCAGUUCCAGAACGUUCGCCGCGUGGUCCAGAUCUUCCGGAUCAUGCGGAUCCUCCGGAUCCUGAAACUCGCCCGGCACUCCACGGGCCUGCAGUCCCUGGGCUUCACCCUCAGGCGGAGUUACAAUGAACUGGGCUUGCUGAUCUUGUUUCUGGCCAUGGGGAUAAUGAUAUUCUCCAGCCUGGUAUUUUUUGCCGAGAAGGACGAGGAUGCCACCAAGUUCACCAGUAUCCCGGCUUCCUUCUGGUGGGCCACCAUCACCAUGACGACUGUCGGUUAUGGAGAUAUCUACCCAAAAACGUUAUUAGGGAAGAUUGUGGGAGGUCUCUGCUGUAUCGCAGGGGUUCUGGUGAUCGCCCUUCCCAUCCCAAUCAUUGUGAACAAUUUUUCUGAGUUUUACAAAGAGCAGAAACGCCAGGAGAAAGCCAUUAAGAGGAGAGAGGCUCUGGAGCGUGCCAAGAGGAACGGAAGCAUCGUGUCUAUGAACUUAAAGGACGCCUUUGCUCGAAGUAUGGAGCUGAUAGACGUGGCCGUGGAGAAGACGGGAGAGUCGGCCAACACCAAGGGCUCCACGGAUGACAAUCACCUCUCUCCAAGCCGGUGGAAGUGGGCCAGGAAGGCUCUGUCGGAAACCAGCUCCAACAAGUCUUACGAGAAUAAGUACCAGGAGGUAAGCCAGAAAGACUCCCAUGAACAGCUUAACAACACUUCUUCCUCUAGCCCGCAGCAUCUGAGCGCCCAGAAGCUGGAGAUGCUGUACAAUGAAAUCACCAAGACGCAGCCUCACUCUCACCCGAACCCCGAUGGCCAGGAGCAGGCCGAGAGGCCAUCCGCCUACGAGGAAGAGAUAGAGAUGGAGGAGGUGGUCUGCCCGCAGGAGCAGCUGGUGGUGGCACAGACCGAGGGUGUCGUGGACAUGAAGAGCACAUCCAGUAUCGACAGCUUCACCAGCUGCGCCACCGACUUCACGGAGACCGAGAGGUCGCCCCUGCCGCCGCCCUCUGCAUCCCACCUGCAGAUGAAGUUCCCACCUGACCUCGCCGGGAUAGAAGAGCACCAAAGAGCCAGGGCUCCCCCCUUCUUAGCCCUAAUCAGGGAGAAGGGGCCCACGGCAAGGGAGGCCACCCCAGAAUAUGCUCCGAUCGACAUAACUGUGAACCUCGACGCCGCUGGCGGGCCCCAGGGUGGGCCCCACGGCCCUCUGCCGACGGACAGUGCCUCCGAGAGCCCCAAGAGCUCGCUGAAAGGCAGCAACCCGCUCAAGUCCAGAUCGCUCAAGGUCAACUUCAAGGACAGCAGAGGCGGGGCCCCGCCAACCCCGCCCAGCACAGCCAGGCCGCUGCCAGUCACCGCGGCGGACUUUCCACUCACCGCACCCCAGCUCAUCAGCACAAUUCUCUUAGAAGAAACCCCCUCCCAGGGAGAUAGACCCUUGCUGGGUGCUGAGGUUCAUUGUCAAGGACCCUCCAAAGGGCUGACGCCUCGGUUUCCCAAGCAGAAACUCUUUACUUUCUCCACCAGAGAGAGGAGGAGCUUCACAGAAAUCGACACGGGGGAAGAUGAUGACUUCUUAGAGCUCCAGGGGACCAGGAGACCGGACAAGCAGGCAGACUCCAGCCCAAACUGUUUGACAGAUAAGCCUAGUGAUGGAAGAGACCCUUUAAGAGAAGAGGCCUGUGUGGGCUCUUCCUCUGCCCAGGACACAAGUCACAACUGUAGACAAGACGUUUACCAUGGUGUGGCAGAAGUGAAAAAGGACAACAGUCAAGAAGGGUGCAAGAUGGAAAACCAUUUGUUUGCCCCAGAAAUUCAUUCCAACCCGGGAGACACAGGUUACUGCCCCACACGUGAAACCAGCAUGUGACUAGUUACAAAAGCAAUAAUAACACUAAAACAAACAAACAAACAAAAAAACUUGUUUCUUAAAAAUGCGGUUAAUAAUGCCUGUGAACUAAAACGUGGGAAGCCCCUCCCUCCCAAAAAAAGUGCAUAAAAUGUUAUUUUUGCAUGGCAUGAACAGUUUAGUUUCAGUACUGUUUAAAUAAAGAAUCAAGACUCCAUUUUUGUAACAAACAAAAAUGACUGAAGAACACUGAACAAAUAAAGAGAGCUCUAUUAGGAACCAUAUUCUGCCAUGUCUGACAUUUUUGAUCCUUUCAUUUCAAAUUACAGAGUUUCGACUGUGAGCUUUUCUGUUAUGAUGAAUUUUAGAAUUUGCACAUGAAAGGAUGAAAUGUCAUUGCAUGCGUUCAUAAUUGCGAGGUGCAAGGUGCUUUGAGCUUGCAAAAUGCAUAACUUUGUAAAUAACGGGGCUUGGGAUGCAGAAGUGUCAAGAACAGACGGAAACAAGUUUCUGAGACACAGGCACUUCCUUCACUGCUACGGCCUGGAGGAGCUGUACAGACUUCUUGUUGCAAAACUGCAACCUCUUCUUAAACCAUCUCACAUAUCUUGCUUUGGGUUAUAAAGCUCUUAUAAGUACAUCUGUUUAAAGGAAUACAGUAUUUUUAUUGACUGAUGAUAUGACUCACAGGGUGCAUUUUUCUUUUUUGCUUCUGCUUAGUUGUGGCAUUUGUGGUUUUAUUUAUAAAUCAUGAAAAUAGGCAAGAUGUAAUGACCAGAUAUCCAAAAACUUGAAAUUGAGGCUUGAAAUUUUGCCAAUCAAUUACAUAUCCCUAAUAUUGUGGGGAAAAGUAUGUAUCAUGUCACAGCCUGUACAGAAAUGCAUUUUUUAAAAAUCUGAACAUACUUAAAAUGUGAUAUUACACAACUAAACUUUUUUUUAAUCACACUCCACUUCUGUAAAUCAGUUCUUUAAAAAAAAAAAAAAAAACUAUAUAUUGGCCACCUAAAGAUGACUAUUUUCCACUUGUAUCCAACAUAACCUUUUCUAUCUAAAAACCUAAAGAUAGAAUGUACAUAUGCCAAAAUGGGAAUUCUAAAAAGUGACUUUGGGCACACUAAAAGCAGAGCUAUUUAAGUCAGACUGCCACCCCACCCACCCCGACCACAUAGAGGUGGAUCUGGAAAUGAGGUACAUAGAAAGAACCCUGCCCUGAUAAUGGGUCUUUCAGUAUUUCCCAGUGUGAGGAGGGAACACUGCCAGGUGAGGAGGGCUGCAAACUCCAGCAGCACCAUCCUGUAAUUGCAGCACCUAGAAACACACCCUCACGUUUCCAGCGCCCCCAAGUGGUGGAGGAUUGAAAGCAAUAUUUCCACCAUUUUUACUGACAGCCGCGAAAUGCACAGGUGUUAACGGUAUUUGGCGCUCAGUUCAGUUCAGACGGCGCUAGUGGUAAAGAAUUCGCCUGCCAAUGCAGUAGACGCAAGAGACGCGAGUCGAUCCCUGGGUCAGGAAGAUCCCCUGGAGGUGGAAAUGGCAAUUCACUCCAGUUUUUUUGUCUGGAAAAUUCCGUGGACAGAGGAGCCUAGCCGGCUACCAUCCAUGGGCUCGCAGAGAGUUGGACAUGCCUGAGUGUCAUAUCAACACAAAUACAGGAUAUUUGCUGGUGGCUAUCUUGUUGGUUCAGACUGUGCUAGAAGCCAGCUCAUUUGGAUCCACUUUGCCUUACAGGAAAUCAAAGCUCUAGCUCCAGAAAUGUAACUACCUGCGGGGUAAUCCUGGGUGAAUCUU